AUGAACUCUUGUUCUUUAUAUCACUGUGCCCUGCACACCCUGAGUCUGGCAGUGCUUGUUGCUGGGAAUGUCCACCCAGAAUGUGAUUUUAUGGUGGAGCUGAAGAAAAAGGAGGCUGAAUGUCUGGAGGUCCCACAAGAGCAUGGAAAUGCAACAUCACCAGGUUGCAAGAGAACUUGGGACAAAUUGCUGUGCUGGCCAGAGGCAGAUGCUGGAGAGAUUCUUGCCUUACCAUGUCCAAACAUCCUCUUUCACUUCAUGAAGGAGCCAGCUGGGAUGAUAAAAAGAAACUGCACAAAAAAGGGCUGGUCUGACCCAUUCCCUCCCUACCAUGUGGCCUGUCCAGUAGAAGAUGAGAUUCCUCUUGAAGAACAAUCCUACUUUGCUACUAUAAAGAUCAUCUACACUGUGGGAUACAGCGUGUCCAUCACCUCCCUCGUCAUUGCUGUGACAGUUCUGAUUGCAUUCAGGAGGCUUCGCUGUCCCAGGAAUUAUAUCCACAUACAGCUCUUUUUUACUUUCAUCUUAAAGGCAAUUGCCAUUUUCAUUAAGGAUGCUGUCCUUUUCCAGGAGGAAGGCAUUGAUCACUGCAGCUUCUCUACAACUGAAUGCAAGAUCUCUGUGGUUUUCUGUCACUACUUCAUGAUGACCAAUUUCAUGUGGCUGCUGGUAGAGGCUCUCUACCUGAACUGCCUGCUGCUCUCAUCCCUUUCCCAUGGAAGAAGAUAUUUUUGGUGGCUGGUUCUCUUUGGCUGGGGUUUUCCAACACUUUUCACCCUUAUAUGGAUAUUGACAAAAUUCUACUUUGAAGACACAGCAUGCUGGGAUAUUAAUCAAGGCUCGCCUUAUUGGUGGCUCAUCAAAGGACCAAUUAUAAUUUCUGUGGGGGUCAAUUUUGUCCUAUUUAUCAACAUCAUCAGAAUUUUGCUGAAAAAACUAGACCCCAGGCAAAUCAACUUCAAUAAUUCUUCUCAGUACAGACGUCUCUCAAGGUCAACUCUGCUUCUAAUUCCAUUAUUUGGAACCCAUUACAUUGUCUUCAACUUCCUCCCAGAAUAUACCAGCCUGGGGGUUCGGUUUUAUUUGGAGCUCUGCAUUGGCUCUUUUCAGGGGUUUAUUGUGGCAGUUCUCUACUGUUUCCUGAAUCAAGAGGUGCAAACAGAAAUUGGUCGGAGGUGGCACGGGAAGAGAUACGGGCUGGUGCCAGUGUGGAGGAGGACCAGGUGGACUGUGCCCUCCAGCUCUGGGGUGAAAAUGACCACAUCUGUCUGCUGA